CUGGCUCCCGGAUGCGCCCGCUGCGCCCACUUGUGGCUCCCAGGCGCCUGUGGGAAGAACGGAGCCUCCGCCGCCUCCGCCAGGGACACAGCCCGAAAGGGAAAGGAGAAGGACAGCAGGCUGAUGCCAUGAGGGCGCCGUCUCCCGAGUGAUGGCAGCGCGCGCUGCCUCGCCGCCGCCACCGCUCAGCCCCGGACUCCUGACGUCAGGGUAGUGGGUCCCCCCCUCCGCGCGGAGCCCGCGCAGCCGGAGAGCGAGCUGAGCGCGCCGCAGAGCCCGGGCGCCCCACCUGCGAGCCAGCCCCGCCGAGCCCCCGAGCCGAGCUGGGGCAGAGUCGCCGAGCCCGCGCCAGAAGCCGCCUCCCCACCCACGCUCCCGGGCCACCUGCCGGACCCAGAGGGCGCCUGGCUGGCCCGGGGCGCCCCGCCAUGCGCGCUGGGCUCCGCGCCUCUCCGGAGCAGCCCUCGCGCGGUGAGCACCGGCGCCUGUGCUGGGGCGACUCUCCCUGAAGUAGUUGGGCGCCCGGAGCGGGGGUCGCCACGUCGGGGGUGAGGCCAGGACCCGUGGAGUCGGCCCCCGAGUUCGGGGAGCGGGGCCGCCCGCGCCGCCCCACCAUUACCUCCUCGGGGGGCAAGGAGGAGCUGGUGGCGGCCGCUUCCCAGCAGUGGCAGCGGCGGCGGCGCGCCUGCCUGGCGGCCGUCGGCGUGCUCCUGGCCAUGGCCCUGGGGCUGCUCAUCGCGGUGCCGCUGCUGCUGCAGGCGGCCACCCCCGGCGCGGCGCACUACGAGAUGAUGGGCACCUGCCGCAUGAUCUGCGACCCGUACAGCGCGGCCCCCGGUGGAGGCCCCGCGGGCGCCAAGGCUCCGCCGCCUGGACCCAGCACCGCCGCCCUGGAAGUCAUGCAAGACCUGAGCGCCAACCCUCCGCCCCCUUUCAUCCAGGGACCCAAGGGCGACCCGGGGCGACCGGGCAAGCCAGGGCCGCGGGGUCCCCCUGGAGAGCCGGGCCCGCCUGGACCCAGGGGUCCCCCGGGGGAGAAGGGCGACUCCGGGCGGCCCGGGCUGCCAGGGCUGCAGCUGACAGCGGGAGCGGCUGGAGGAGACGGGGUAGUGGGUGGCGGAACCCGGGGCGGCGGCGACUCUGAGGGCGAAGUGACCGGUGCGCUUAGCGCCGCCUUCAGUGGCCCCAAGAUCGCUUUCUACGUGGGUCUCAAGAGCCCCCACGAAGGCUACGAGGUGCUCAAGUUCGACGACGUGGUCACCAACCUCGGCAAUCACUACGACCCCACCACCGGCAAGUUCAGCUGCCAGGUGCGCGGCAUCUACUUCUUCACCUACCACAUCCUGAUGCGCGGCGGCGACGGCACCAGCAUGUGGGCGGACCUCUGCAAGAACGGGCAGGUCCGGGCCAGCGCCAUCGCGCAGGACGCGGACCAGAACUACGACUACGCCAGCAACAGCGUGGUGCUGCACCUGGAGGCGGGCGACGAGGUGUACGUGAAGCUGGACGGCGGGAAGGCGCACGGAGGCAACAACAACAAGUACAGCACGUUCUCCGGCUUCCUCCUCUACCCUGACUAGGGGCACUGGGGCUGUGCGCGGGCUUCCCCCGCCCUGGGCCCAGUGCGGGCGCGCUGCUCCCUGGCAAGGACCCCUCGCGUUUCCUGACACUUCUUGACAUCGUUGGAAAAGACACGUUCCCGCUACCCUCCCUGCCCCGCUCCCAUCCCCAGUGUGUCUGCAACUCACUAUGCUCUGGGCAGUGCUCCUGGCCCCUGGCCCCCAUCUGGGGAGGGAGAGGGCGACGCCAACGUGGUGAGAUGAGCCUGAACUUGAACCCCAAAGGCAUGGACAGCAGCGGUGGCGGUGGCAGCACAGUUUGCAAACCUGAUUGGACCGGACAGGCUGGGCGGAACUGCCCUCUUUCAGUCUCCCUCCUUCUCCGAGUGCCCGGAGGCCCAGCCUUCCAACCCUGGCCGGUGAGGUAGGCCACAGUGCGCACGAGCUCCCUGGGGAAUCCAAUCCUCCUGCAAGUUUCCCUGUCCAUCAGUCAAAACCCCACUGCCGCACAAUCCCAGCAAACGGAAAUUCGCCUCUCCACCAUACGCCUGACUCAGCUCAGACCCACUGCGACGCAUUAAAUUAUGUUUCUAGACCACGGGCUCCGAUGUUUUUGUCAGGGUGGCCCCCAGACCAGUCCUCCAGAUGUCCACCUUGACAUGAAGACAUUAACUGGGCCCGGAAGAGCCCCAUCUACGCCUGCUUGUCAGCCACUGCCCUGUCCCUGCCACCCGAGAUGGGCGAAAAGAUGUGGGGAGAGAUGAGAGAGCGUCCCACCCUUCGGAGAGAUAAUAUUUCUCCCCUGGGCUGCAUCCCUGAACUGGAGGGGCCCAGAGGAGAUGCGGGAGAGAGAAUUAGAUAGAGGCGGGCAGGAGAGGAGUGGCUGAGUCUCCAAGUUCCCAGCCUUGUGGGAGGACAUCAAAGAGCAGGGGUUUCUGGAGAAGGGAGAGGUAGGGGGGGCAAAUUGGAGGCAGGAAUGAGGCACUUGCCAGCAGGUGGUCUCUGAGUUGGUGGUCCCUAUAAAGAAGUGCAGAAGUCCCCCCGCAGAAACCCACCCACCCAGGCAUAAAGUGCUCAGCACCCGUCCAUUUGCCCACACCACCGGCUAGGGCCACAACUCUUAUAAGAGCUGGCAAACAGGCAAUCUGGGGAUCAUCCAGCUCCCCGAAUUCACCCGGAACUGAGUGGGAAGAGAUAUACACUAUCCCUGGGGGAGGGACCCCCUUUCCGGGACCCUCCCUUCCCAUUUGCAGGGUGCCAUUAUCUGAGCCCCAGUAUGUGUGCUCUCUUCUCAGUACUUCCCAUCCCAUCCCGCACACACAAGGUAGGGAAACAGCCAACAUGACUUUGAUUUUUUUAAUUUACUUUUUUGUUUUGUUUUUAGACCAUUGAAUUCCAAUAAGUAAUAAAUUAUCUACAAAAUAACCAGUUAACAACCUGUUAGUACUUACUGAGUUUGUUUUGACCAGUUGUUUGAAGAGAAAUGUGUGCACACGGAGGCAACCCCAGAGUGUGUGUACCUGUGUAAAGCUGGA